CUGUGCUUUUAUUUAAGUGAUAAUAUCCAAACAUUUCUUUUUGAAGUGAUUGGAGCGAAAGCUGACCGAGAGUCUACCCAUAGUACCGAUUAUUCCUAUACCCCGUGAAUGCAACAUUGACCACAAGACGAACAUGGCGACCUGCAGCAUGUUCGUGAGACUUGGAGGCACUGCUCUGGCUGUGUUAAAGCCGGUAGCCACACAAUGUUCAAGGCACAGGACGAGAGUCUUUAUCCCGCACCGCUUUUCGCACGGAACCUGGAGCAGUCUGUACGAGCAUGUCUGUCUAGGUUACAGUGACAAGCCCGAGCUGGACAUGAGAGAAGUGAUUGAGGAGACCGACAAAGUCAUACUAAAUGUAGAGAACAGGAAGGGUGAGCUGCGGGGGGAAGAUGUCAGGAAAAUGGUAUGUGUGUGGCAGGAGCUGCAGGCCGUGAGGACUGAAAUCUCUGGACUGGAGGAGGAGAAGAAACGCAUCAGUGAAACAGUCAAAGCACUAGUGAUCAAGAACGACAAGAAAGCCCUCGCCAAUUUUCCAGAGUACACCCAGGCUCUGCAGAGGGGUCGAGAGAUCCGCAUAAGACUGAAUGAAAUUUACCCCAAAGACACUGAGCUGGAUCAGGAAUACUACCGUCAAGCACUCAGACUGCCAAACACCACACACCCUGAUGUGCCCGUUGGAGAUGAGAGCCAGGUGAGGGUGGUGGAGCUGGUUGGAGAGAAACCAGAGUUUGACUUCAAGCCCAGAGGCCAUAUAGAGCUGGGGGAGGAGUUGGGUCUCAUCAGGCAGAGACAUCUAGCUCACAUCUCAGGCCACAGGUCCUACUAUCUCAGAGGAGCGGGGGCCAGACUUCAGAUUGCACUACAAAACUUUGCCCUUGACACACUGCAGCAACGAGGCUUCAUUCCCAUGGUUGUACCUGACAUGAUGAAGACGGUAGUAUUUGAGGGUUGUGGGAUGCAGCCAAUCGCCAAUCGCGCUCAGGUCUAUUCACUGGACCAGGCCCGUUUCCCAGACCUCAACCUGGCUGGGACUGGAGAGAUUGGGGUGGCAGGCUAUUUCAUGGAUCAUGCAGUAAACUGGAAGGACCUCCCUGUCAGGACGGUGUGCAGCAGCACCUGCUACAGAGCAGAGACAGAGACGGGCAGAGAGCCAUGGGGGCUCUACAGAGUACAUCACUUCAACAAGGUAGAGAUGUUUGGAGUGACAGCAGAUGAGACGGGAGUAGAGAGCUCCCAGCUGCUGAAGGAGUUUGUGUCUUUGCAGAAAGAGAUGUUUUCUGCACUGGAACUACAUUACAGAGUGCUGGACAUGCCCACAGAGGAGCUUGGUCUUUCAGCACACAGGAAGUAUGACAUUGAAGCAUGGAUGCCUGGGAGGAACAGCUAUGGAGAGAUUUCCAGUGGGUCCAACUGUACAGACUACCAAAGCAGACGCCUCAACAUUGUGUAUGAGAGAGAGGACGGCAGCCUGCAGUACGCUCACACAGUGAAUGCAACAGCAUGUGCCAUCCCCCGAACCAUCAUCGCUAUCCUGGAGACUCACCAGACAAAAGAAGGAACAGUGCGUGUCCCCAAAGCCCUGCAGCCGUAUUUCGGUCUGGAAGUGAUCGAGAAGCCAAAGUACACUCCGCUGAAAUACAUCGGACCCAACCAGCACCACCAACCACCCAGGCCUGCUCCCAAGACCAGAUAAGUAAGGUUGGAGCCAGUUCACAUUCAACACCCUCAAGUCAGACAGGAAGUAGAUAUUUAAUAUGGAUUUUUUAUGGAUAUGGAGUUUCAUACACUUUGCUCUAUGUCCAUUCACAAGUUGUUGAUCUCCGCUGUUCCUCAAAUGAAAUGAAAUACAGUGAUUCAGUGAGUUGGAAUUGAGUGCAUCGAUGUUUUGAGGCGACGGAUCAGACCUCAACCUUACAGUUUACUAUCACUGUAAAUAUAUUUAUGUCUUAUUUUGUCAAAUGUCAUUGUGAAUGUAAGCUUGUAUGAUUACUGUCCAGCUCAUCAGGAGGACCAUAACAAGAAAUAACCAAUAAAAGUGUUUAUUUUCUGUC